AUGGACAAACAGCAAAGCUUAAUCUCUAUAAAAGAUGCCCUUCUUUCAGCCGCAGUAUCAAUUUCUCAAAUUUUACGUGACAGUGGAGACGUCAGUAUGGGUGUUGGCUCACAAAAUGCAUUCGGCGAGCAUCAAUUGCGUGCUGAUUUAUUAAGCAAUGAAGAACUUUUCACCUCUUUAAGAGGAAAAUGUAGGUUUGCGCUAAGUGAAGAAAAUCCAGUGCCACAGGAAAUGGGAGGGGAGCAUUUUGUCGUCACUUUUGACCCUUUGGAUGGCAGUUCUAUCAUUGAUACAAAUUUUAGUGUGGGGACGAUUUUUGGGGUUUGGGAUGUAGAGAAUAUAAUUGGAGCUAGCGGAAGAGAUUUAGUGUUUGCUGCAAUGGUUAUUUAUGGGUCAAGAACCACUGUGCUUUUAGAAGAAAAAAGCGAUUGGACUGCUAAAUCAAUUGAAAAUAGCACAGUAAGCACGUAUACAUUGACUAGAGGAGAAUGGGUAAAAACAAGAGAAAACUUGAAGAUCGCCAAUAAAACCAAGCUAUUUGCACCAGCUAAUUUGAGAGCUCAAUGCAAGCAUGAUGGGUAUAAAAACCUUGUUAGACAUUGGGAAGACCAAGGCUUCACCCUUAGAUAUACAGGUGGUUUAGCACCAGAUACAUACCAAAUUUUUAUUAAAGGAAGCGGGAUUUUUUCAAGCCCAGUUACAGAGUCAGCCCCUGCUAAAUUAAGACUCUUAUAUGAGUGUGCUCCAAUUGCUAGACUAAUCGAAAUCGCUGGAGGAGAAGCAUAUGGUGUAAACGGCCCAGUUUUAGACAUAGUUGUAGACGGCUAUGAGCAUAAAAGUGCUUUAUGUGUAGGCUCGGCAGAAGAAGUAAGAAGAUUUAUUGAGUUUAUGAAUAAUUAA